AUGGCGUUCUCAUCGCAGCCGACUACUGGGUUCUUUCGCCACCAGCAGCCUCGCACUCCCUACACUCGUUCCCCUCUUCCGGGCGCGCCGCCGAAACUUCAACUUCUCCUCCGGAGAGGACCUCAAUCGUGGACCCGUUGCCCCGCGGAGAGGAAGGAGAGGAGCUUCACUGACCAGAUCCUCGACUACAUCGAAGGUUCCACUGAUUGAACCCCUUCCAACUAAUUUUUGCAUCCGCUUCCCCAUUGAAAUUGCUGCCUCUGCGGGUACGCGUUGGCGUCUUGGUAGCCAGUGCACGAGCGCGGAGAUGGGGCUUGUCUCAUAUGCAUACUGCGGAGUGUUAAUCUUCUCCCGAGCUUGAUUAGUGAGGCGUCCUUUCCAUGUCUUGGUACUUGUAAUUUCCUCGUCCUUUACAAAUUUAGGUGGCCCGAAGCUGAGGAAGUGGUAUGGGGCGCCGGAUCUACUGCCAAAGGAUGGACGGCCAGAAGAUGAGGACGACGGGGCUCCAGGUGGGAUUCGAGCUCGCCCUGGUCUCUUUCGCUCUGCAAAAUUCGUGAUCUACCUGCUGUUCUUUCCUUUCGUUUUUCUCCAUUUCUUCUUGUGCGAAUUCAGAAGCCGAGCAAGUCCGUGACGCGGUGCUGGUGACGAAUGGAGACAGCGAAAUUGGCCAGGUGAUAGGCUCUGUCUGGCUUUCUGUCACUGAUUAAUGUGCAGCAUUUACAUGAUUGCAAUAGUAACAUAUAUGAUGUUCUGAACUACGAGGAAUGAUAAACAGAUGGGCAUUUGGUUCCACCUUAGACAGGAGUGGCUACACAGGCAAGUACAGGAAGUAGACUCUUCUUGUCAGAGAAAAUCUCUCAAAAAAAGCUGAUUCAUUACGAGUUGGCAAAGCGGCUCUCACCCAAUUCCUUAGCGGUUCGAAUGAGAUAAAAAAAAAUAGAAAUCAAAUUUAACAAGGAUUGAAAACUGCAUUUCUUGUAUUCUUGUAGCUGAUCACAGAAACUUGUCAUCAACAUUGUGAAUCUCCAAGAUGAACAUUGGGCAUGAUAUUUUAAGCUACUGUGCAUCAUGGGUUAUUGGAGAUAUUGUGAGGAAAGAGCAGUACGUAGUUAUGUAUUUAGUAAUAAAUAAUUUCUUUAGUAAUACAUUUAAUCAUAUACCUCCUCCUCCCCUGAUAAAAUUGCACUCUUUGUUAGGCUUUCCUUGAUGAAUAUAAUGGAUGAGCUUGACACUAAACCUAGAGUUCCCCAUUUCGUCUUAAGAGACUAAGGGAAGGGUGACAGCCAAUGGUAGCAUCCUUUCUCGCAGUCUAGUGUUUGGAGUAUAUCUUCAUCAUCGUGUUAUCAUAUUUGGCUGUUUGCUUGUGGGAUUAUAGUUUUAUCUUUUCUCCUGACCAAUCGAGCGUUUCCAUGCUGAUCCUGGAAGAGUUUUGAGUUCCCAGCUCUUCUACUGCCACCCACCCCCCAAAAAUAAUAAAUAAAAGAGGAAAAACACGAUUCCAAGUUUCCUUAUCUUUAACAUUAAUCCUAUUGAUCAAAUUCCCUAUUCUGCCAGUGAACGCCUCCACAGAAAAAAAUUGAGCGAAGAAAAUCGUACAACUUAAGAAUGUCCAUGCAUGUUUUUCCUCGCAGACUCAAUACUUGGACGCACAGAUCGACCGACUGUCCAUGUUUAUUAUUUCUUCUUUCGGCAAUGAUGCUCAUGCUAUUCCCUGCCCUUCUCUUUUCUUGGUUCUCUGUCCAUGUAAAUUGUUUGUUCGCACAGAUGGUAAUCUUAUCACUGAUUGUCAAACGAGCUCGAGUCAAAGCACUGGUCAAGGACAAACAGGCUGUUGUCGAAGCCUUUGGAACCUACGUUGAGGUAAAUGGUCAACUAUUUGAUCAACAGAACAGAUUUUCAAGCUGUGCAUUUUUCUAUUUUUGAAUCAAGUAGAACAUUUUUUUUUAUAUAUUAUUCUGUGUUUAUGCGUGAAGCCCAUAGCUGGAGAUGCAAGAAGUAAUUCCCUUCCUAAGGAAGCUCUUAGAGGCGUCCGUGCCAUAAUAUGCCCUUCCAAUGUAAGCUCUUCAAUGUUACAAAGCAUUCCAAAGGCUUCUGUCAUUUUAAAUUGAACCGAAACAACAGCUGACGCCCUAUUUUGGCGAUCAAACUGCUGAUACCGGGGCUGGGAUUACUCUAGAUUAUGAUUCUUGGGCGUAAUUUGUCUCUUCUCCAAAUCUUUGUGCAUUGGCAGGAAGGUUUCUUAUCUGACGUCGGGCAAAUGAAAGGUGUCGAACAUAUUGUUCUCCUGUCCCAGGUUUCAACCCCUCUUAGCGAUGGAUCACAUCUUCUCCCCCUAAAACAGCUGCUGAUCACCGCUCUUUUGAGUUUAAUAAGGUAACAGUUGGCUGCUUAUGAGGGUAGCAGCGGCUUGCAAGCGCUCAUCAACGCCAAAGCCAGGAAGUCAGCUGAGAGGGACGAAGAAGCAGUGGUUUCAUCGGGCAUUCCUUACACAAUCGUCAGAGCUGCCCUCCUGCAGAACAGCCCCGGGGGAAAUCAAGGGUUCAGUUUCCAAGAGGUCUCCUAAUUAUUUGAACCUUCUAAGAAAUCAUCAUUGCUAAUUUUGUAUCAUUGGGGUCUAAUUUCUUCAGUUAAAGCCGAUUAUUUCCCGCAUUAAUUAUACUGGACAUUGAACUGUUUGUUGAUCCACAAAUGUCAGGGUGUGGCUGCUAAAGGAAGGCUCAGUAAAGAAGAUGCGGCCCGCAUCUGUGUCGAAGCUCUUGACGCAGUCCCACCCAAGGGGCUGGUAUUUGAGGUUCGUUGAUGAGAAUAUUCAAGUCUUAGGCUUUCUUUGGGCUGGGGCCUCUAAUCUGAGCCCGCCCAAGAAGAAUAGAUCCCGUUCAGAAGCCCCGACUUCUGGGCCAGUUUUCUUCUGUUGCGGGCUUAGAUUUUUAAGUUUCUUGCCCGAUAGAGUGGUUUAGCCGGGCUCCUCAUACCCAGAUUUGGCAACCUUCUUGAGGAAGCUUUGCUCUGUGUAUAUCUCAGGUGGCAAACGGGGAUGAGAAGGUUUCAGACUGGAAAGAAUGGCUCACAGUGCUCAUUAGCCGCCAAGAACCUUCCCUCUGA